CGUCAUUCAAAUCAACAUCUCUCCCAUCUACCAUCUCCUUGCUGUCACACCAUCGAUAUCAGCCAUAUCUUGCAUUACAACGAGCUGUAGAACUGCCAAUAUACUACCAUCUAUUGAUAUUGCAGGAGGACUGAUACGGUAGGAUCAUGACUGUCUUUAGUAGAAAUUUUAUACCAGUUUUGAGUUUGGUGCUUCUGGUGGCAGCCUCUGGCACCUUGGCCUUUUCUGCGUCUCUCCACAAUCGGUUUGCCGUUGGUGGUAUCCACACAUCAUCAUCAUCCACAACAACCAGAAGAAGCACUACCAGUCUCUGGGCCAAGGCGGCCAAAAAGAAAAAGACCAAGACCAAGAAUAAGAGUGCUGCCGCCCCAGCCGGAAUCAAAGGAUUUGGAGGUGCUUCUACUACUACUGCAGCUUCUUCUUCUUCCAGCAAUGUUGCCACGGACCGGUCCAAACCAGCACUGGCGUUUUAUGACUAUAUGGAAGAGCAACAACACGGAGCCGGUGGCAAUUUGAAACGUGCCGCUUUGGGUUACUUUGGAUCGUUGCGAGGUGUCGUGGCCAUGCGAGAUUUGAAAAAGGGAGAUGCCAUUAUUGAUAUCCCCUACGAAAUGGCCAUUAAUCUGGGUCAAGAAGGAGGAGAUCCCACUCUGCCAGCGUUGGAAUUGUUGAAGGAUUAUUGUCAACAACAACAGCAACAACAACCAGACAACAACAACAAUCCGCGCAAAGCCUACUAUGACAUGCUGCCUCCCUUUCGCGGAGACGAUUCCCUCGGUAGUACCGAUUUCUUUUCGGAUGCCGCCUUGGAGGCAUUGCAAUCUCCCACCGUCGUGGACGAAACGCUGAAACGACGACAACGGUGUCAAAUGCGAUUCGAUCAAGAUAUCGACGAAUCAUUUCCCCGUUGGAUCGAUGGUACCCCCGUCACAUCCGAACACUUGCAAUGGGCCGUAUGGCUCAUUACGUCGCGGGUCUUGACGGUGCAAGGGGACAGUAGUGAAGGCAAAUCCUAUCGACUCUUGAUUCCCUUUUUGGACAUGUGCAAUCACGAUCGAUCCAGUCCGCACAUCUUGUCGGGGCGGGCCGUACCGGGAGGAUCUCUCAAAGUUGUGGCGGGGGCUCCCGUCAAGGCGGGAGAACAAAUCAAUAUUGCCUAUGGUGGUGGCGUGGCCGGCAAUGAUCGGUUCUUGCAAGAUUAUGGAUUUCUAGACAGUGAUGCGAAAGCCAAUGAUAUUGUUGCCUUGCAGUUGUUGGGGAAACGUCGUAUUUUGGAAGGUGCCGGAGCCGGGAGAAUCAUGGCCGAGGCAGAUCGAGAAGCAGCAUUGAAACUGUUGCGAUCCACGACUAUGGAUCAAGAUCGGGUAUUGCUAGAAGAAGCAAAAGAGGAUCCCGGACUACGGUCCGCCAUACAGUUCCGGUUAGGUGUCAAGCAAGCCCUUUCCAAACAAAUUGUAAUGCAAUAGAUUUAUUGUUUUUGUUGUUGUUC